GUUAUAUUAGUGAUUUAUGGUCUGGCUUGUCUUUUGUAGGCGGCUUCAUCACCUUCGAUCGAAGAUAUGUUAGCCGGUAUUGUCCUAACAUCGCCUGCACUUCGUGUCAAACCUGCUCAUCCUAUUGUCGGGGCGAUUGCUCCAUUCUUCUCGUUGGUCGCCCCAAGGUUCCAAUUCAAAGGAGCAAACAAGAGAGGCAUUCCUGUCUCAAGAGACCCUGAAGCUCUCUUAGCCAAGUACUCUGACCCGUUAGUCUACACCGGCCCCAUAAGAGUCCGAACUGGCCAUGAGAUUCUCCGCAUAACAGCCUACUUGACCCGGAACUUCAAAUCUGUUACGGUGCCUUUCUUUGUCCUCCAUGGUACAGAGGAUAAAGUCACUGAUCCACUAGCUUCACAAGACUUGUAUAAUCAGGCACCAUCAGUGUUCAAAGACAUCAAACUCUACGAUGGUUUCUUACACGACCUUCUCUUUGAACCCGAGCGAGAGGAUGUUGGUCGUGAUAUCAUAGAUUGGAUGAUGAAGCGGCUCGACGAUGUUAACGGAUCAGCCGCUGGCCUCUGGUAAAAGAUCAGACGAGACAUCAGAGGUCUUCUUCUUGUCUAGGUAGUUGGGAUACUAAUUAUGUGAUUCCAAACUCAGAAACCAAGUGUAGGAGAUACAUACAAUACAAUGGUUUAAUAUCUAUGAAUUGUUUGGUUAUUGGGUUGCCAAAA